AUGAGCUAUUCGUUAGACAUUCUCGGAAGUCCCUUCCGGAGAGUGAUGGACACUAGGACGAGCUACAGCCGCAGCAGCGGGGGCUCGGGUUCCAGCGGCUUCCGCUCGCAGACAUGGUCCCGGGCCAGUCCGAUCUCAUCCGUAGCCUACAAGAGGACGAUGAACGCAGAGCCCAUGGACCUGAGCAUGGACCUGAGCACGCCGUCUUUGGUGAUCAAUGAGAAAGAGCAGCUGCAGGGUCUGAACGACCGCUUCGCAGUGUACAUCGAUAAGGUGCACUUCCUGGAGGAGCAGAACAAGCAGAUCGAGGCAGAGAUCAACGCUCUGCGGCGGAAGCAGGUUUCCCGUACGCAGCUCGGAGAGGAGCACGAACGGGAACUGCAGGAGCUCCGUGGCGCCAUCGAGCAGCUGCACAGCGACAAGGCGCGCCUGCAUGUCGAUGCCGAGCGCCUGCAGGACGACAUCCAAAGACUGCGCGAGCGUCUGGAAGAUGAAGCCCGUGUGCGCACCGACACCGAAGCCAUGACGCGCGCUCUGAAGAAGGAUGCCGGAGACGCCACCCUGGCCAGAGCAGAACUCGAGAAGAAGAUCCAGGCCCUCCAGGAGGAGAUCGUGUUCGUCCGUAAUGACCAUGAAGAAGAGGUCGGCGAGCUGCUCGGACAGCUCCAGGCGUCACACGUCGUUACAGCCGAGAAGAGGGAGUGGCAGAAGGCGGACAUCACCGACGCUCUGCGAGAGAUUCGAGCCCAACUCGAGGGGCACUCCAACCGCAACCUGCAGCAGGUCGAAGACUGGUUCAUGUGCCGCUACGCCAAACUGACGGAGGCCGCGGAGCAGAACAAGGACGCCAUCAAGUCCGCCAAGGACGAGAUCGCAGACUACAGGCGCCAGCUGCAGGCGAAAACAGUGGAGCUCGAAGCAGCCCGCGGGACCAAAGAGUCACUGGAGAGGCAACUGAGCGACAUCGAGGACCGACACAACUCCGACCUCGCCAGCCUUCAGGAAACCAUCCACCAACUGGAUAAUGAGCUGAAGAGCACAAAAUGGGAGAUGGCAAGACAUCUGCGUGAAUACCAAGACCUGCUGAAUGUCAAAAUGGCCCUAGAUAUAGAGAUUGCAGCAUACAGGAAACUACUUGAAGGAGAGGAGACCCACUUCAGCACAUACCCUUACCGCCAAACUGUCACCAAAGGCCCCAAGGUCAAAGCAGAACCUCCCAAACUGAGGGUCCAGCACAAGUUUGUGGAAGAGAUCAUCGAGGAGACUCGAGUGGAAGACGAGAAAUUGGAGAUGGAAGAGGCAUUGGCAGAGAUGGCAGCAGAACUGUCUGAAAAGAAAGAAGAUGAGGGAGAAGAAGGAGAGGAAGAAGCUGAAGAGGAGGCUGAGGAGAAAGAGGGAGAAGAAGAAGAGGUUGUCGCUUCUGCCCAAGCCAAAGUGAGUGCCAGCGCUCCUGCUGAUGAGGCUGAGGAAGCUGAGACUAAAGAAGGUGAUGAGGAAGAAGGUGAUGAGGAAGGAAAGGCUGAUGAAAAAGGUGAGGAAGAAAAGGAAGAAGAAAAGGGAGAAGAUGCAGAGGAAGGUGAGGAAGGAGAAGGUGAGGAGGAAGCAGAAGUGGAGGAAACUGUGUUGAGCACCAAGGCACCUGAGUCAAAGGCCUCACCAGAGAAGGAAAAGGCUGAAAAAGAAGUAGGUGCUGGAGAAGAAGAGAGAGGAGCGGAAGGUGGUGAUGAAAAAGAAGUAGAAACUGAGGAGAAAGAAUCAGUGAAAAAGGAUGAGGCUGAGAAAGAAGACAAAAAGGUAAAAGAUGAUAAGGAGACCAAGAUUGAAAAGGCUGAGUCUCCUAAAGCUGAAUCACCAAAGGAGACUCCAAAGAGUGAGUCUCCAAAGGCUUCAUCACCAAAGAGUGAGAGCCCAAAAGCUUCUUCUCCAAAGAGUGAGAGCCCAAAAGCAGCUUCUCCAAAGAGUGAGAGCCCAAAAGCAACUUCUCCAAAGAGUGAGAGCCCAAAAGCUCCUUCUCCAAAGAGUGAGAGCCCAAAAGCUUCUCCUCCAAAGAGUGAGAGCCCAAAAGCUUCUUCUCCAAAAAGUGAGACUCCAAAGGCCCCAGAACCAGAGGAAGCCAAGAAAGAAACUCCAAAACCCGAAUCUCCAAAAAACGCAAAACCCAGCAAGGAGGAAAAGUCUGAAGAGAAGAAGACAGACAAGAAAGAAGACACUGUUAAGGCAGAUAAAGACAAAAAGGAGGAAGAGAAGAAAGAGCCAGAGAAGAAAGAUGUGAUCUCAAAUGGAGUUGAUGAAAGCCCUACCAAGGAAGACCCUAGUCAGAAGGUGGUCAUCACCAAAACAGUAGAGACCAUCACCACUGGUGAGGAUGGAGCCAAGCACGUCACCAAGUCCGUCACAGUCACUGAAACAGUGAAAGCAGUAGAUGAAACAGUAGAGGAGAAAAUGGUAGCCACCAAGAAAAUGGAGAAAGUCUCCAGCCACACCGUGAAGCAGAUCACAGAAAACGAGUAG